GCACUGCCCUGCAACCAUGAAUGACGGCGAAGACUGUGCGGCACAAUCCCAGCUUCUCUGUCCUCACAGCGUUACAGAUCUCUUGCAUUCUGUUGAUGCUUUUCUCUUUGACUGCGAUGGUGUAAUUUGGAAGGGCGAUAAGCUCUUUGAUGGAGUCCCUCAGACCUUACAGACGCUUCGUUCCAAGGGGAAGAAGCUGGUUUUUGUGACCAACAAUUCCACUAAGUCAAGAAGGCACUAUGCCAAAAAAUUUCAUUCCCUUGGAAUUUCAGUCAGCGAGGAGGAGAUAUUCUCUUCAUCAUUUGCAGCGGCUAUGUUCUUGAAAGUCCGUGACUUCCCUCGAGAAAAGAAGGUUUAUGUAAUAGGUGAGGAAGGCAUAUUGGAAGAAUUGGAGCUUGAGGGUUUUACAGGUCUUGGAGGCCCGGAAGAUGGAAAAAAGAUGGUGCAGCUGAAACCAAACUGUCUCUCUCUCUCUCCCUCUAAUCUCUCUCUCU